AUGGAGGCGGCGACGCUGGCGGUGGUCAGGGCCUCCCGCCCCACCUUCAGGUCGGCCCAUGACAAGCUGGCCUUUGCUGUGCACGCCUUCCUGCUUUCAGAGGGAUUCAAGCUGGUGGCCCCCGGCGUGGCGGCAGAGGAUGAGAGCGCAGACUUUGCCACGAGCCGCGAGGAGGUGGACCCCGCUGGAUGGGACUCAUUAGAUGCAGCCUACGCCUUCCGCUACCAGGACACCGAGGGCAAGCGUGCCCCGGUGUACGUCAAGGGCCUGGUGCUGGGCGGCCAGCUGCUGGUGCACUGGGUGGAGGGCGACUCGCCCACCUCGGAGCCCCGCACUCUGGAGCUGGAUGCUGCCGCUUUCACGACUGACGAGCCCGCAGCGCCCGCCUGCUACCAGCACACGACCGAGCUCGUGGCCAAGCUGAGGCAGCACCUGGGCAGCGUGCUGGCAGGGGGGCCCACAGCAGCAGGCAGUGCGGGGCGGCAGAAGGAGGGCAGGGCCCAGGCCAGCGGCAGGGCAGAGGGCAGGGAGGCAGAGCCGCUGCAGGAGCAGCCCCCGGGUGUGAGCGGCGUUGGCUACCGGCCGCCGGGGCUGCCGGUGGGCAUCGGCGCCGAUGACCUGGUGCCUCCUGGCGUGCGGCCGCCGGGGUAUGGCGGGGGCCCGGCGUUCCCAGGCCUCAUGGAGCCUGGGCCGCUGCGGGGCGGCGGCGGCAUGCACGUGGGGCCCGGGGACCCCAUCUUUGGGCCGGGGCGCCUGGGCGGCGGCGUGGGGCGGCCCCCGGGGCACGGCAGCCUGCCGCCGGGGGCGCGCUGGGACCCCAUCGCGCCGCCAGGCAUGCGCGGCUUUGGGCCAGACGACUUCCAGCGCGAGCCUGGGCAGCCCCAUCCGGACAUGAUGCAGCCAGGACCAGGCCGUGGACGCGAUUUUGAUGAGAUGUUUGGCUGA